GCGAGACGGUUAGCCAGUUAGCCAGUGCGGACCGACUAAUUCCCAAUUUCCGCUCUUGACUAAACUAAAGAUUAGAAAUAAAGAAAGAAAUAUCCUUCGUCCGUCCCCUAGACGAAGCAGGUCAAUUUUUUUUCCGUGUUACUUGCUCUUUUUCGCCAAGUGUGAGUUGUGUGUUUUGGCUUGGCUUACGUGAUUGAAAUCGAGACAGCCCGGACAUCAUGAUUGUCAACAUGCCCGUCAAUGGAACGGGCAGUGCAUCCAGCCCCACAUCGAAUCCCAGCAGCAACAUCAACAACAAUAGCAGUACCACCAAUCAAAAUGAUACGAACAGUAAUCUUCCCAGUGAUUACAACUUUCUUAAGCGCAAGUUCGACGAUCAGGAGGAUCUGGCUUUGGGUCACGACUACGAGCCCAUCGGGGCGAAUCCCUGGAAGAAGCGACACUUGGACUACGAUGCCGGGGAUCUGCACUUCCACCUGCAGCUGGAACAGCCACCUAGUAAUCCGCCAACGAACGCUGCACCCGCCCAAUCCUCGACGUCCUUCAUCAACGAUCUCUUUUCCAUUGAGAGCAGUCUUCUGGUGCCCGCCGUCGCCUAUUCGCACUGUCCACCAUCGAGUGCUCCUUUGGAUGACAAUGGUGGUUGGACCGGUGGCGAGCUGCUGGAGCUGGAUCAUCGCUAUAACUCCGGCCUGCAGGCGGAACUAGGACAAUUGAAUGCCACUUUGCCGCCGCCACCACCAACAUCAUCAUCAGCUCAAAAUGCAUCCAAUCAUACGCACCAGUCAACACAACAGAAUGCCAGUCCUGGACAGAACCCUCAUCAGAAUCAACAUUUUCUGGUGCCGCAGAAGCAGCGGAUACAGUCGGCGGGCCGACGCACCUCAUCCGGUUCGGUUAGUGGGGCCAAUGAAGCCACCGAGGCGGACUUCGAGGAUAAGAACCUCUCGUGGCUGCUCAACUUUAAGUUCGACGAGUUGACGCACCUAUCGCCGCACAAUCAGGUUCACGGACAGGCGGUCAAUCUGCCGGAGGGCAGUGCUCCACCUCAUCCACAAUCGACGGCAGUGCCAAUCGCCACGUCGCCAUGCAGUUCCACCUCGCCAUCAUCCGCCUCCGCCGCAUCGGCAUCCGCAUCCGCAUCCGCCACAAGCACAAAUCAAUCCCUCGGAUCGGGUAUGGUGGAUCAACGGGCCAGAUCGCCCAAGAGCUGCUCCAGUGCAGCGAUCCCAGCGGCAUUAGCAGGAGGAAGCAACGGCUCCGCUGGCGCUUCAGCAGCGGGGGGCGUGGUCGGCGUGGGCUCCACCAAGACUGGGCGCAAGUUCGAGGAGCUGGUGAUGGAGGUCACCUCGGAGCUGGACGGUAACGACAUGAUAGUUGCCGAGCACGUUGUCGUCGAGGAUACUUCGUCCAAGGCGCCAAAGAAACCACCGUUCACCUACACGGAGCUCAUCGAAUACGCCCUCGAGGAUAAGGGUGAGCUGACUGUGUCGGGCAUAUACCAAUGGAUAUCGUAAGUACUGUCCCCCAUCGAACCACCCACUGAAUCAGCCCACAGCCCAUUCGGAUGGACGCCAUUUUGUGG